AUGAAAAUGCAAUAAGAAGACAAGGAGCUAGAUGAAUUACUAUUAGAUGACUCGUCUUAGAUUGGCAAGUAAGAUUAGAAACAACAAGUCAAAUCAAAGAGGACAGUUAUUGCCAAAAAAGGCAGCUAAUUCAAACAGAUCCAGGACUUUCAAGAGUUUGCUGACGAUGUAGCAGAUUAAAUCUAAUCUUUUUAUGAGAACUGUGAUAAAAUCUAAGAGCUAUACCCGAAGUUAAGGAUAAACCAGAUCAAUAACUUUAAAAACGACAUUGAUGACAUUGUCGGUUUCGAACUAGAUGAGUUACACUAUUACAUGACCAGGGUUCAUCAUUUGUCACUGACUAAGUUUGUCUACACCUGGCAAGAAUUUAUGGAAAAAGUCCUUCCUGCUUAUGGCAGAUACGCAACAAGAAUGAGAGUGAUGGGAAGAGACAAUUACUAUCUUGUUGGAAAAGAUCUAGAAGAGGGAAACAUUUAGGAGGAGGAAGAUCAAGACGAGGAUGGGGGCAUGAAGCUAGUCAAGAAUAGCUAUGGAGCAUAUGAGAUGGUGCCAACAGAAAAUACAACUCAAGAUAAAGAUUAGAACGAGGAAGAGAAGGCAAAGUUGAGAAGCAGAGGAUAAGAAAUAUUUCAGAUGAAACUCGAUAAGCACUUUGAUAAGAUUAAGGAGGUAUUUUUAUAAUGCUGUGGCAAUAAAAAGAAAAAGGACGGAGCAAUGCAAACUAAGACUACUAUUUAAACUAUUAAUGAAACUGAUGCUCCAAAAGAUCAAAUGAAGCUGAUUAAGUUGAACAGAUUUGUUGAUGAUUUAGCCUACAUAUGUGGGUUAGUGUUCAUAUACUUUGAGCGAUACUUAGCCAAUGGAAUUAUUGAUCAGAGAUCUCAAAAGGAAUUCGUUAAGAAGCUAAAACAUAAACUUUGGCUUGAGGCUCAUGAAGAGGCAGCCAAGAGUGAUUAGAAGCUAAAACAUAACAUGACUGAAAUCAUAAAAUCCUAGAAAAUUCCAGCAUCACAAGCUUCAUCAAGAAAAUCUUAGCCCUUAUUGCCUGUAUUGAAGAAAAAAGAAACUAACUUUGAUCAGAAAAUCAAUGAAAAUAGAGAAGAUUAGGAGACCAAGAUAAGGUUUGAAGAUGAAUUGUACAAGAAGGAGAAGAAUGAUAUGCGAAUUUCAUUUGACAUGUUUGUCAGAGUACUUGAAAAUAUCUUUGAAGAAGACACCAACUUGGUAGCUAUAGAUUCAAAUCACGAACUUGAUGAAUACUUUAAGCAGUAACUGGAAUAUGAGAAGCAUAUGAAUGAUGACAACUAUGAUCCCUUUUAGAAUGAGCUUUAGCAACAGAUAGAGCAUUAUGAGAAGAUGCUUGGAAUAAAUCAGAUGACUGCCGAGUAUCCACCAUUAAAUAUGCUUCCAAAAGCAUUUGAGUUUAAAUCAUAAAAUGAGAAAGAUAUCACAGUAAAACUGCUAGAGCAUGCCAAAUAAUAAUUAGCUGAUUAUCUUUAAGCAAAAGCAAAUCAGAUAGCAUACUUAGAUAUGAAAAGUAAUCAGAACUAGACUCUAGAAUAGAUGAGAUAGAGAUCAGUGCGCUAAAUCUUUUACUUCUAUACUGGCUAGCAUUGGAAAUGGAAUAUGAGUUUCGAUUAGUUGAUGGAGAAGAAAAGUUUACUGGACUUCGGUGAGUUCAACAUAUUCUGCAAGGAUUUUAAGGUGCCACUGCCAAAGAGUAAAAUUUAGAUAGUGUUCAAGAAGUGCUCAGUCAAUCAUAGACCGCAUGAAUUGGAAUAAUUCUCUAAGGCGUUGGAAACUCUAGGAGUUGAAGUAAACACUUUUAAAAUUGAACAGAUGGAAAAAAGACUUGAAGAGAUUGGAAAGAUUGAAAAGCUAAGAAGAGAGAGGCAAAUGAAGAAAAUUGAGAAGGUAAAGAGACUUAAUGAUGGUAAAUAGUUUCAUGAUCUUCUCCAAAAGCUUGAAUAAUCUGCAAUACUAGAAGAAGAGAAAGAGGAUGAAGCUAAUGAGAAAGAGAAGUAGAAUAAAGAGGAAAAACCUCCAAAGGACACUGGAAAGAGUGUAACUGAAGAGACUAAGAAGGAUGCAGAUGAGACUAUUCAAUGGGAUAAUUUGCAAAACCAAACAGUGAAUCUUGAUGAAUCAAUUGCAUUGACUUAGGCCCCAAUUGUAGGCUAAUAAGAAGGUAAGGCUCGAAGAAACUCAUAGAUGAGUAUGGGUAAAAAAUCUAUCAUUCCAACUUAAUCAGUAGCUAAGGCCUCAAUGAAGUCACAAUAAUCAAAUAGAACUUAGAAUAGACUAGCUUUCGAAGAGUAAUUGCAACUAGACAAACUGGGAAAGCUAGACUCUAGACUUCCUGAGCCAAUCAGUGUGGAAAAGAUAAAAUUGUAGUAGCAGGUCAACUAGCUUAAAGCCAAAACUGAACGCUAACUCAUAGAUGAGUUCUUUGAAUUCCUUGAACUUCAUGAUCUGACUCUUUACAGAGUAAAGCUUAAAGGCCUGAGAGUGAAUCCAUUUGACAUGAGAGACAACUACCAGAGAAUAGCUGCUGGAGAGAUGAGAAACCGUGAAUUGCAAAGAGCUAAACUAACAGCUGAUCAGAUCAGAGAAAAAGUGCAGGUAAUGAGAGAUAAAAGACUCAGAGAGUAGAAAGUAAGAGAGAUGAGGGAAAAGAAAAAACAAGAUGAUCAAAGAGUUCAGCAGCAAAAGGCUUAUGAGCUCAAUAGAAAGAAAAGAGCUUCAGAUGAGGCCUAGAAAAUGCAAUAGCUGCAGUAAUUAAAGCAUGGUAUAUCCUAGCCUUAACCAGUCUAGCUGGGUGAAAAGCAGACUUAUAUGGAUGUUAGAAAUAAACAGCUAGGCAUUGCCCCUGAGGAUACCAAGAAUCUUAAACUGACUCUUGAAGAUCUGGAGCGAAUGAACUACGAAGACAUCUGGGAAAACAAGCCAGAUGACUUCAAGCCUUCAGAUUUUUUCAAUGAGAGUCGUAAAAAGGGCAAAGGCAAAAAGCAUCAUAGCAAGGCAAGGUAUGAUAAGAAUAACUAGGGGUAGAAUCUAAAUGAUAGUGUGGAUUCGACUCUGCACCGUAUGGUAGUUGGAGAUGAGUCCUUUGACAACAGAAAUGAAAAGCUCUACAAUAUUAAGAAGGAAAGAAAGUAAUAGGAGCAAUUAGCACAAAACUAGCAGAAUAAUUAAAACUAAAAUUAGCAGAAGAAGAUUAGAAUAGAUAAUUAACCAAAGACUUAAGGAGGAGCAGUUACAGAACGUAGCAAGAGAGGGGGAAAUUAACCCUUAUAAAAUCAAUAGCCUGGCAGAAGAAGAGGCACUACACCUGACUUAUCUAGAAAUCAUCAAUAAUAGUAGAGAUCUAAAAGUAAUCAUAAAGUCAAUAAAUCUCUUAAUAAAUCAUCAAUUUCAGGCCAUAGUAAAUCACCAAAGCGCAAGCAAUCUAUGAACCCCAAAGCUCAUCAAUCUCUAGAUUUACAAUCAAUGAAGAACAAACGAAGCGGUUCAAGUAAAAACCUCUUAGCAGGCUUGCAGCCAAAUAGUGUCAAGAACUAAAAGAUGCUAGCUAUAUAGUAUCCUGGCUCAGUUAUUCAAAACAAGUCAAAUGUCAAGACAGCUGGAGGACUUGGUGUCUCUCACAGUGUUGCAAAUCUUAAGCAGAAAAUAGCAGGUAGCUAGAGUUAAGUUGUACCUUACAACCCUAAGCAUGUUCCAAUGACUCAGAUAUAAAACAAUAAAUACAAGGUAAAUGAACAAGGGUUGAUAAAGGCGUAGCAACUGGAUAGUAAAUAAAAAAUCAAAGCUAAUAUUAACAUGGCUAAUAUUCUCAAGAUGCAUGAUAAGUAAAUCGAAAAAGGUCUAAACACAGCCAGAAGAUGA